AACAACCGAACCAUUUGAAUAUAAAUACAUACAUAAUAACCUUUCUAUAUCACUUUUCUUAGCUACAUUUGCAGGAUGUCAGCCAUGUUUAAACUAACAAUUGUUGUCAUUAUUGCUAUAUUUCUUACUCAAGAUUCUCAAGGUCGGAGGAAAAAACCUAAAUGUGGAAAAAAGUGCAUCUCGAAAGUUUGGGGACCAGACUGUCCGAACAACAUAUGCAAGCCGGGUUACACAUGUGUAAAGGUAAAGAACACUAAAAGAUGCUGCCGGGAUCCAGUCUGCCCGUCAGGAUGGAUAGAAGGCGAUUCAUGUAAUUUGCUACCGGGUCAGGAAAUAUGCCCAGAGGGCUAUGAAUGUAUAAAUAACAGUUUCUGCUGUCGGUCAACUUUCUGUCCAGGGGGUUCUAUUGGACCCGUAUGUAGCAGUAAAAAAGGUUGCAAAGAUGGCUACGAAUGCAUUGGUGGUAACUGCUGCCGUCUUCCGUUGUGUCCCGCCGGUUGGAUAAGGGGUGGGGUAUGUAACCUUAACCCUGGGGAGCCUUUCUGUAAACCUGGGUUCGAGUGCAGCAACGAUUACUGCUGUAAAAAUCCAUAUCAGUGACCUUCCUGACAAGUGGGAUCAUCAUGCAAAUUCGUACCUUGAAAACAGACGAGAGAAUAUAGAGAAACCGGAUCACCGGGAAAACAUAAAAACUAAUUACAUCCAUUUUAUUACUAAGGUCACAAGGGAAAAUGCAUUUUGCAGACAGUAAUUAUUUUUGGAGUAUCAGUUAGCAAAGAUAAAACAACCAUUGCCUUUAAUAAAAAACACUUUAUUGAAAGUUUUAGGUGAAAACGACUUAUGAUUUGGCAUCUCUGCCAAUGUAUUGUUUUUGUUGUUGUUGCUGACUUUUUUACUGUUGUUGAUGUUUUUGAAGUUUUAGAUACAUCUAAUUGUGGCCUUUGGAAAACGAAUGAAACUGUCGUUGCUCAGUGUUUAAAAUAUCUACCAAAAUAUGAUUUGUUAAUACCGUAAUUUAAAACGAACGUACUUGGAAACGAGACCUAGAUAUAUGCGGUAAGGAAUUGUUUUUCAAGGAAAUUCAUUUUUAAUAUAACAUUAUAUGCAUGUUGACUAGAGUCUACAUUGUAUCUUUACCUCUAGUGAACAGACUCAGUCAAACCGAGUCCGGUUUUGUUUUGCUAGGUUGUGUUCUAUGCUUCUAAAAUAUUGUCUUAAAGAAUUUAUAAAUAAAAACGAUAUACAUGUG